AUGGUAGUGUCACUUUUCUCUUCAAGAGAUGUUUUCUUUACGAUAAGCUUAUGCUUAUUUGCAGCAUUGUACCGUCCGGUUUUGAGUAGACCGGCUAAGUUUGAGGACGACUUUAGAAUCACAUGGUCUGAUUCUCAUAUCACUCAAACCGAUGGAGGAAGAGCCAUUCAGCUCAGAUUGGACCCUAGCUCAGGAUGUGGGUUUGCGUCGAAGAGGCAGUACUUGUUUGGCCGCGUAAGCAUGAAGAUCAAACUCAUCCCUGGUGAUUCGGCCGGAACUGUUGCUGCCUUCUAUAUGAAUUCAGAUACCGAUUCUGUAAGAGACGAACUAGAUUUCGAAUUCUUGGGAAACCGAAGUGGACAACCGUACACUGUGCAAACCAACGUAUUUGCUCAUGGUAAAGGCGAUAGAGAGCAAAGAGUUAACCUUUGGUUUGACCCUUCUCGUGAUUUCCACGAAUACGCCAUUUCAUGGAACCAUCUCCGUAUUGUGUUCUACGUAGACAAUGUGCCAAUUAGGGUUUAUAAGAACAACGAGGCAAAGAAAGUACCAUACCCGAGAUUCCAACCAAUGGGCGUAUAUUCCACUUUGUGGGAAGCCGAUGAUUGGGCGACACGUGGAGGACAAGAGAAAAUCAAUUGGUCAGGAGCUCCAUUUUAUGCAUACUACAAAGAUUUCGAUAUAGAAGGAUGUCCGGUUCCUGGACCAGCGUAUUGUCCGGCUAAUCCGAAGAAUUGGUGGGAAGGCAGUGCGUACCACCAAUUGAACCCGGUCGAGGCUCGAAGUUAUAGAUGGGUUCGAGUGAACCAUAUGGUAUAUGAUUAUUGUACCGACAAGUCUCGUUUUCCUGUUCCUCCUCCGGAAUGCUCGGCCGGAAUAUGA